AUGGGAAUCCCGGUGCGAUUCAGAGAGGACCCUACUGGCAUCUGCGAGUUGGACCCCAAUGUGAAGAGGUGUUCCGGAUACGUGGAUGUUACAGAGGAUCAGCACAUCUUCUUCUGGUUCUUUAAAACUCGGAACGUGGAUCCAACCACCGCCUCCAUUACAGUGUGGAUCAACGGGGCAAUUAUUACUUUGCCAAACGCAAUUUGCCCCGACUAUAAACAAAGUUUGGGGACAUCCGGGACGUACAGUUAUGCUAAUGAGAGCCUCACCGCAACCCAUGACGCUGCACCUAAUUUCUAUCGAAUACUUCAAGGAUUUAUGGGAGCCAUGCCUCAGUAUUCUAGAAGCGGAUUCCAUAUCUCAAGUGAGAGUUAUGGUGGGCAUUACGGGCCUAUUUUCAACGAGUAUAUUGAAGCUCAGAAUGCGAUGAAGAUUCCCGGUGCUCGCCACAUCAUGUUAGAGACGGUCUUAAUUGGAAAUGGCCGGUAUGACCCUCCCCUUCAAUACCAAGCGUAUUACAAUUACUCUGUCUUUCCUGGAAACACACACGACUACUCUCCUUUUAAUGCCAGCGUUCAAGCACAAUUUUACAACAAUAGUUACGGAGCAGGAAACUGCGUAGACCAGAUCAAAAACUGUGCUGCAAGAGUGAUAAACGAAAUUUGCAUGUCUGCAUAUCUCAAUACGCCAAAAGUACCAGCGGCCAUUAGGGCAUACCAGGGCUAUUCCGAAUCUUCAAAUGCCGUUUUCCAAGUUUUCACCGCAACGGGCGACGACAAUCGGGAGGUGGGGACGAUUGAAGCACUCAGACAAUUGAUUAAGCAGAACGUCACUAUCAUGCUUUAUGCUGGGGAUGCUGAUUAUAAAGUUGCUUCUCCUUUCCGUUUUGCUCCUGGGUUCGAUUGUGCUGGAUUUGUCAAUAUUUCUACGACCGACAACGUUGUCCACGGGCAAGUGAAGCAAGCUGGGAAGAUUUCGUUGCCCCUAGCAGCUCUCUCAAUCUUUGAGCAGGCAAUAAAUGGCAAGGAUGCCGCUAAGGGAGCCCUUACAGCAUCGAGGGGCUACCUCACGGAGGGAGCAAAGGACAGCACGUACAGGGAAGGCAAUUCGAUGAUACAGCUUUCUGUUUUACCGGCUAUGCGACACGGAGCUGGUCAGAAGAAGGGAGGGGCAGGGGCCUUCUGA